AUGAAAUUUAUUCCAGUGAAAGAACGUGAAAAUUCGUAUAAUCUUAGCGGGAGUACUCUCAUUCUGCCUGCUAUUUCCAUUGGGAACGUUCCUCAACUUACAGUUGAUCUUUUAAUUACUACUUUAAAUUUGCAACGAAUUGGUUUUCUGGAAGAUGAAAAUGUUAUUCCGGUGGUUGUUCACCAAUCUGAUGAUAAUAAAUGGACGGUUAUCCAACAAAGAGCUCCAGUAAUCAAGAAAAGAUGGCGAAUUUUCGCUGAAAAUUUAUUAGCUUUUAUAAAGCAAUCCCAAUUUUCAAAAGUAGUUUUAUUAUCAAGUGCUGAUGCUACUAGGAGAACGGAUAUUCAACUUACAGGCCUACCACUUCGAAUUCUUACUACCCCAUCAUUGCCAAAUGAUCUCUUUGAGCGAGCAACAACUCUUGGUUUAAAAACUUUGGAAAAAACUUCAAAUAAUGACUAUGAUUUAAAACAAGACGAUUUGCCAAAGAUUCCUGGUAGUGGUGUAUCUAGAUUCCUAUUUCACAAAAGUCAACAAGAAAAAAUACCAUUGAUCAUGAUUAUAUUUUUUGCGAUAGAAGGAGGUAAUAACGAGUUUAUUUAUUAUAUUUAA